UACAAAUAUCAGGCUUUCUCGAAGAAGAUGAGUCAAAGUCUUCUCUCUUAUGCCACCUCCCCACCGUCACUAACCCCAAACCAAACACCAUUUAAUAUUUAAAUACAACAAGUAUAGUCGGAGGAGAAGUCCAAGCCACGUUAAAACAAACCAAAACAUGACACUCAGGUCCCCCCUCAUCGUCCUCUCCGUCGCCAUUUAUGUGAUAGCAGCAGCAGAAGCAAACAUACCACCAGGCUCCACCCUCUACGCCUCUAAUCCAAACCAGACUUGGUCCUCUCCCACCGACACCUUCUCGGUCGGCUUCAAACAGCUCACUCCCACCUCCUACAUCGCCGCCGUCUCCUACUCCGGUGGGAUACCCAUCUGGACUGCCGGUGGGCCCUCCAUCACCGUUGACUCCGGUUCUGCUCUCCAAUUCCUUUCCGAUGGUAAUCUCCGCCUCGUCAACGGCUCUGGCUCCACUAUUUGGGAAUCAAAUACUACCGGACUUGGCGUUUCCAACGCCUCAAUUGAUGAUUCCGGUAAUCUCGUCCUCCUACGUAACGGAAACGUCACGGUUUGGUCCUCCUUCCUCAAUCCCACUGACACUAUCGUGCCCUCCCAGAACUUCACCGUGAACGGGAUCCUGCGAUCUGGCCAGUACUCCUUUCGCCUACUCAGCUCCGGCAACCUCACGCUUCGAUGGAAUGAAAAUAUUCUGUACUGGAAUCAGGGGCUGAAUUCUUCAGUCAACUCGAAUUUGUCUUCUCCGAGUUUGGGAUUGCAACCAAUAGGUAUUCUUUCAAUCUUCGAUCGAACGUUAACCAGUGCGUAUACUUUUGCUUUCAGUAAUGAUUAUGCAGAAGGUAGUGACGUAUUGAGGUUCUUGAGAUUAGAUAGUGAUGGGAAUUUAAGGAUUUAUAGCUCUGCUAGAGGUAGUGGCGUUACAACAUCGAGAUGGUCAGCUGUUGCUGAUCAGUGUCAAGUGUUUGGGUACUGUGGAAACAUGGGUAUAUGUAGUUACAAUGAUUCGUACCCGAUUUGUGGUUGCCCGAGUGAGAAUUUUGAUCCUGUCGAUCCUAAUGAUAGUAGAAAAGGUUGCAACUUGAAGGUGGCAAUUAAGGAUUGUCCUGGAGGAGCUAUAAUGUUGGAUUUGGAGCACACUAAGUUCUUGACCUACACACCGGAGACUACUACGCAAACCUUCUUUAUGGGGAUUUCAUCUUGCAGGUCUAAUUGCUUGGGGACUGACCCAUGUGUUGCUUCAACUUCGUUGUCUGAUGGAAGUGGAAUGUGUUACUCAAAAACCACAAAUUAUGUUAGUGGGUACCAGAAUCCUGCACUUCCUAGUACUUCUUAUGUUAAGGUUUGUGGACCUGUGGAACCGAACCCUCCGCCUAGCUUGGAGACAGCAAGGGAUAACAACGGUACCAAGUUGCGUGUCUGGGUUAUUGCUGUUGUGGUUGUGGGUACACUUUUUGGUUUGAUUGCCUUGGAGGGUGGGUUGUGGUGGUGGUGUUGUAGAAAUAGUCCGAAUUUCGGUGGAUUAUCAGCGCAAUAUGCACUUCUUGAGUAUGCAUCUGGGGCGCCUGUGCAGUUCUCGUAUAAGGAGCUGCAGCGAGCCACUAAGGGGUUCAAGGAGAAGCUUGGGGCUGGUGGGUUUGGAGCAGUUUAUAGAGGGGUUCUUGCAAAUAAAACAGUAGUUGCAGUGAAGCAACUUGAAGGGAUUGAGCAAGGUGAGAAACAGUUCAGAAUGGAGGUUGCAACCAUAAGUAGCACCCACCAUUUGAAUUUGGUGAGAUUGAUUGGUUUUUGCUCCGAGGGUCGACACAGGCUUUUAGUUUAUGAGUUCAUGAAAAAUGGGUCACUUGAUAGUUUCUUGUUCAUGACAGAAGAGGAGUCUGGAAAAUCAUUACAUUGGGAGCAGAGGUUUAACAUUGCCCUUGGCACAGCCAGGGGAAUCACUUAUCUUCAUGAGGAAUGCCGAGACUGCAUUGUUCACUGUGAUAUCAAGCCUGAAAACAUUCUCUUGGAUGAGAAUUACAAUGCUAAAGUAUCGGAUUUUGGUCUUGCUAAGCUCAUAAGUCCGAAAGAUCAUAGGCAUCGGACCUUGACGAGUGUUAGAGGGACUAGAGGGUAUUUGGCACCAGAAUGGCUUGCCAAUCUCCCAAUAACUUCAAAAUCCGACAUUUAUAGUUACGGUAUGGUCUUACUGGAAGUAGUGAGUGGGAAAAGAAAUUUCGAAGUGUCAGCAGAAACAAACCGGAAAAAGUUUUCUUUGUGGGCUUAUGAGGAGUUUGAGAAAGGAAAUGUGAAAAGUAUCCUUGACAAAAGGCUUGCAGAUCAAGAAGUAGAUAUGGAGCAAGUGAUGAGGGCCAUUCAAGUGAGCUUCUGGUGCAUCCAGGAGCAGCCAUCUCAGAGGCCAAUGAUGGGAAAGGUGGUCCAAAUGCUUGAGGGAAUUACUGAGAUUGAGACACCACCAGCGCCAAAAUCGAUUACUGAAGGGUCUAUUAGUGGAAACAGCAUCAAUCUGAGCACCAGUGUCAGUGCCUUCUCCACUUUUGCAGCUUCAGUUCCACCUCCCUCUUCUUCAUCAUCCGUGCAAACUGCUGGAGUUUCCCCUCUACCUUCAAGUAGGAAUAUGGAGAGGGCAUCUUCAUCACUACUAAGAUCGGAACCUUGAGACGCGCUCGUUCUGCUCAAAAGGAAUGUUUUGGGUUGGGGGGUAUCUGCUGUCCAAAUAAUGCAGACUUGAAGAAGAGGUAAUCUUAAUGCAGCAAAAUACCUUACUUGGAUUCCUUAGUAUAUCAAUAUGUCAUGAUUAGCCUUUGUUUAGCAGUGAAGUUUUACAGUAAAUUCAUUUUCCACUCAUUCAAGAAAUGUAUAUGUAGUAAUUGCAAACUCUGUACAUGGAAAGUGAACAGGUUGUUAAUUUUGUUAUAUCAUUAGAAAUAUUGACUUAGUAUGACCAAGUUGAUUAUGGGACA